GAUAUUUUGCGAUAGAUGCAGGAUGCUGUCACGUGGUACGUGACGUCAGAUUGUCAACGAAAUCUCUUCCACGUUCGCCAUUUUCCUAAGGACUGUGAUUUGUAGCUCAAUUCAUAAUUAUUAGACAAAAUGGGUAACAUAUUCACAAACCUCUUCAAAGGCCUAUUUGGCAAAAAGGAGAUGAGAAUUCUAAUGGUAGGAUUGGAUGCAGCUGGUAAGACGACCAUCUUGUAUAAACUUAAGCUUGGUGAAAUCGUCACUACGAUACCAACAAUUGGCUUUAACGUAGAGACAGUCGAAUACAAAAACAUUAGCUUCACAGUUUGGGAUGUUGGCGGACAAGACAAAAUUCGACCACUGUGGCGACAUUAUUUCCAAAACACGCAAGGUCUCAUAUUCGUGGUGGACAGCAACGACAGAGAGCGCAUAGGAGAAGCCAGGGAGGAACUGAUGAGGAUGCUUGCAGAGGAUGAACUUAGGGAUGCAGUCCUGCUGGUGUUUGCCAACAAACAGGAUCUUCCGAAUGCGAUGAAUGCCGCAGAGGUUACCGACAAGCUCGGUCUGCACUCGUUGAGACAGCGCAACUGGUACAUCCAGGCGACAUGUGCGACCAGCGGGGAUGGCCUCUACGAGGGACUAGACUGGCUAAGCAAUCAGCUGAAGAACCAGAAGUAGAAGCGGCAGACGGACGACUCAAUCACUCGAUUUCCGACCUGACAGACGAACCGGUUUCGCGACGCCCUUGUCACGCCGCGCUCUUCCCCGGGUGCGGUGAGGAGAAUCCGUGUCGUUUAACGCCGAACUGCGCUCAUUGAGACGACAGUGGGCACAUUUAUUCCCCUGAUAUAUGUUUGUUGUUGAACAGAUCGUAUAGCAGGCCUGCAGCUGGCAGCUACGCGUCGUACCAACGCGAGGAGUAUACAAGUGCAGUGCUCGCAUUUGUCUGAUUCGUUUGCGUGGGCGUUCGUAGCAGGAAACCAUUGUUUGCUGUCAACUGUCGGUACUGUUCCAAAAACUGCUGUUCGGUGUCUGCAUCGAGUAGUUUGCCACAUCAUGGAAUUUUCACAUUUGUUUAUCGUGUCACAUCUCUCUACGAACCUACAAAGGCCUUACACUAUGCUGAGACGUGGAAGUAAAUUAACGCGGGUUAACGUAAUGAGUAGUGAUUGAAACUUGGACCAAACAUGUAAAGUUGUAUAUAGUGCAUGGGAAAAGUUGUUCCAAGAGGAGUGAGGGGGGCAUGCUGCAAAGGUAGUCGGCCAUAUAGACCCGUAGAAGAAGGGGGAAUGGAUUAUGAACCUAGAGAUACCUGGCCUAUAUGGUGGCCUUUGGCAUUUAUAAUUGUACUGUAAAGUUGGUGUCAUCGGUACAUGCAAGCUUUUAAUUGUGAACAGGUUAUUGUUACAAGCUGAGUGUACUGAAGUGGCACAACCUUUCUUCAGCAGCAGCAGCAGCAGCAGCAACGGAGUGCCCUUUAGGAGUUGGCACGUUCUAGCUCGUUAUGCUGUGUUACGCAUUUAUCCGAAUGCUGGCAUCAUACUUCGUUGCAGUUAUUUUGAUUUAGUAAUAUGUUGAUAAGUCUGCUCGUUUGCAACAGAAUCUGACAGCCUGUUAUACAUUUUUUUAAAUCUUAUCCUGUUCUCUUUCCGGGUCAAGUUCGUUCUCGCUAUUGGUAAUUCUGCGAGUGAAAUAUUCUGCACACGGUCUGUGAUAAUAAUCAAAAUAAACAUGUUUGCUGUGACUUCAGUUUUUAACGCAGCAUUGAAUGUACUUCUCCCAACUUUGCAUUAACUCGGUACUUUUAGGAAUGAAACUGAUGCAUGCUUAUUGAAGCAAGCCAUUUAGAAAAUACUCAUUCUUUAGGUAUGGGUAUUUCACCAGCUGAUUAUUCUAUUGAGACUAAUUAAUAUUUGCUGAAACAAAUGAUAUGUAAGCAACGAGUUGUAUCUAAAGGUUGCACUGUUUUGCAUUUUAUUUAAAAUGGCAGGAAUCGGGGAAGCAUUCGGCCCGUAUAGAGACAGCAUAAAGUUGAUGAAGCCAUUUGUUGUCGUUCUAGUAGGUAGUGCGAGUCCGAGUGCCUAAUCUAAACACGGACUGGUCAGGAACGAUAGUGUAGGUCUGUGUUUAAUAGUGAAAGAUCGUCGGACUGUUAUCUUGUGGCGCUAACUGUGCCGGAUACAUCCCUGCAUUUAAAUUGAGCUUCAUCAGUACACGCUAUUGGCACUAAAGAUGCACCUCUUGUGGUAUCAUGAACAUGUAUAUACUCGUAUAGAAGCGAGCUUGUAUAUGUAUGUUCAUGGUGGUAUUAAACACUACGUAACUUCUCACCACCUCCAUCUUCUACGAACAACUGCCAUGUGCAGUUGUGUCGAUGACAGUUGCUGUAUUCCAGAAUGUGUGAUGUGGCGAAUGACCAAAUGGGAUGUGUAUCUUUUUCUACACAUUCAAGAAUUAACGUACUACUUGUCAGUAUAUUAUAAAAAUAAAACAUUAUUAUGGCUAAAUUUGAA